AGUUCGACAGCCGGUUUGGCCACAGUGUCCGGGUCAACAUGGCAGUGGAGAAGCGCCUGGCGUACUCGAUGGUGCAGUUCCUACGAGACCAAACGCACCGCGGGGCUCUGAACUCUGACGAGCAGGAGAGCCUGGAAGUUGCGAUCCAGUGUCUGGAGACCACCUUCAAGAUCAGCUCCAGCGACGGACAUCUUGCUGUGCCACAGUCUCUGAGAGAGAUAUUCCUGAAUUCUUUGCUCAAGAAUGACAACACAUCCACGCCGGAGACGUCCCCGUCCCCCGAGGACAUCGAGCGGGCGGAGCAACUCAAAAAUGAAGGGAACAAUCACAUGAAGGAGGAGAACUACAGAUGUGCUGUGGAGUGCUACACAAAGGCCAUUGAGCUGGACCUAAGGAACGCUGUGUACUACUGCAAUAGGGCGGCAGCUCACAGCAAACUGGGGAAUUACACGAAGGCGACCGGUGACUGUGAGCGGGCCAUCGGCAUCGACCCAACCUACAGCAAAGCCUACGGGCGCAUGGGGUUGGCGUUGACGGCGAUGAACAAAUACCCAGAGGCCAUUUCGUACUUCAAGAAGGCCUUGGUGUUAGACCCCGAGAACGACACCUACAAGUCCAACCUGAAGAUCGCGGAGCAGAAACAGAAGGAGGCGACGAGUCCGAUCGCUGCUGGACUGGGGUUCGACAUGGCGAGUUUGAUCAACAACCCUGCCUUCAUCAGCAUGGCUGCGAGCGUGAUGCAGAACCAGCAGGUGCAGCAGCUUAUGUCAGGAAUGAUGUCCAACGCGGUCGGGGGUCCCGCAGCGGGCGUGGGGGGGAUGUCAGACCUUUCCAGCUUGAUCGAAGCGGGACAACAGUUCGCGCAGCAGAUCCAACAGCAGAACCCGGAGCUGAUCGAGCAGCUCAGGAACCACAUCCGGAGCCGCUCCUUCAGCGGCAGCGCGGAGGAGCACUCGUGAUCUCCCCAGCCCCCCCCCCCCCCCCCCCCCCCCCCCCCCCCCCCCAAGGAAGGGCAACCAUUCGGCGCAAUUACAAUCUCUACACCCAUAUCUUAAAAUCAAAUCCAAGGCAGAGCUGGAACGAAGAGACGAGGAUGGGGUCGAAGGCACUUUACUGUGGGCAGAGGCUCUAGAGAGGAGCGAUGAGGAACCGGAACCCGGAUCGUCCCACACAUGUCGACACAAAACUCCAUCAUCGUACAGAAAAGACAAGAGCGUGUUCCGCCCGGCGACAGAGCAUGAGUUCAGUUGUUCCUUCAGAGCUUUCACAUUCUGCAGAGAUCGUGUUGUCCAUGUGCUGAAUAUACUUGCCCUCUUCAUGCUAUGAGCUAAGGGUUAGGGAGGAAUGUACUUUACAACAUUGCAGGGAACAUUUGUGCUUUUUCACAUAAAACACCAGGUUUAUCUUCUUUAAUAUUAUUUUUGUAGACACACUAACCUCGAUUGAUUAAAAUAUGCUGUUAAAUCAACUGUGUACCUGUAAAGCUGUGUUAGCGACCUGCAUUAUGUUAAUACACCUUAGCAGAAAUACAUGUCCUCCCUUUAACGCUGCCUAAAUGUUCAUUAACUAGUAAUAACAUGUUCAGAUUGUUUUGCAUGCUUCGGUCUGGUGUUUCAGAUCAGACCCUCUAUGGAAACACAUAAGAAUGCUGGGGCAACGAGACGUUUGGUCUAAAACACGUCAAUAAAUGUCUUAAACCUU